AUGGUGGUAAUUUGGACUCAGUUGAAAAAGCCAGGCCCAUCAAGCGGAGCGGACCAAAGUUUCAAUGGGGCCUCUGAUCCUUUUUCUAUUUACCGGUUACUGGACCAAUUUAAUAAAAACUGUGACAAAUUGAGAGAGGUUCAGAUCCCAAGUUCCUCUGAUAAGGAAGCUCCGUCUUCUCAUCAAGGUGGCUGUCAGUUUGAUUUGAAUAACGUGGCUUCAUCCAAGGUCUCCAAGGGUUCUGUUUUGGGGAAUUCUUCAGAAAUCUUUGGCGAUGGAGGUGAAGUUUCUGGUGAAGCUUCGUUAGUGGAUCGGGAAGUGGAAGCAACAGUAAAAUUGGGGAAUCAACUGGGCAUGGAUCUUGAUGCUGCUGGAGGUUUGGUAAGAAACAUCAUCUUGGGCAAAGCUUUGCAAGAGUCGAAAUGUGCUCCUCGUUCCCGUUUCGAUUUGUUUAAGCUUUGGGGGGGUAAGAAUUUUGAGGCCGAGUGGGUAGAUUCGUCUGGCCUUUCGGGAGGCCUUAUCUGUAUUUGGGACCCUAGUAUUCUUAGUUGUGAUGGGGUGGUUAAAGAGAAUAAUUUUCUUAUCAUCAAAGGUAGGUUGAAAGGUAGUGGGCAAAAGGUGAAUAUUGGUAAUGUGUAUGGCCCUCAGGAUAUUCAACAAAAAAGUGGUUUAUUGGAAUACAGCAUGAAAGACAGAAAGUUCACUUGGCAGUCGAGUAACGGGAAAAAACUAAGUAAGAUUGACAGGUUUUUAGUGUGUCUGGAGUUUUUUAAUUCAUGGCCUGAUGCGUGCUUAAGGGCUCUCCCGAAGCUUUUGUCUGAUCAUUGCCCCAUUGUGUUGGUUUCUAAGGAGAACAAUUUCGGCCCUAAACCUUUUAGAGUUUUUGACUCCUGGAUCGGUCAGUCAGGUUUUGAUGAAACGGUCAGAGACGCCGCCAACUCGUUCGUAUUUGAAGGUCUGGCUGACCUUUUUCUUUUAAAAAAGUUUGAACAUAUCAGGAACCGCGUGAAAAAAUGGAGAGAUCUUAUGCUUAAAGAGGAAGGUGAAAAGGAAUCCAAGGCGAGGGAAGAGCUAGACGAGUUAGAAAUUUUAUUGGAAAACGGGAGUCUCUCGGAGGAAGAUGAGUGGAUUCUUGCUGAGAACUCUAAACUUAUUAAGGAGAUUGAGCUAAAUAAGUCGAAAGAUAUUAAACAGAGAUCCCGGGUUAGAUGGGCAAAAGACGGGGACGAAAACUCCAAUUUUUUUCAUUCUUUGGUCAUUUGUCGGAAAGCUAGCAAUCUUAUUCAUGGGUUAAGGAUCAACGGGAAUUGGUGUUCUAAACCGUCAGUUAUAAAGAAGUUUGUUUUCCAAUUUUUCCAAGACAAGUUUAGUGAGGAGUUGGUGAACCGGCCGGAGUUCUCGUGUGAUAAUUUCAGGAAGGUGAAUUCAGCAGAGGAGGAAUUUCUGGUUAGGGAUUUCAGUAAAGAGGAGAUUAAAUCAACUAUUUCGGAGUGUGGGAGUGACCGCGCCCCCGGGCCGGAUGGUUUGAACUUCAGAUUUCUUAAACAUUUUUGGAUUUAUUUGAGGACGACUUCUUUGGUUGGUGCCAUUAAUAAGGUUGUUUCCAAAGUCCUUGCCGAUCGCCUCAAGAAAGUUCUUGGCUCGAUUGUUUCGGUCAACCAAUCCGCUUUUUUGAAAGGAAAAUUCAUUCUUGAUGGGCCUCUCAUAAUCAACGAAGUCAUUAAUUGGAUUAAAAAGAAGAAGAAGAAAGCGUUUCUGUUAAAGCUUGAUUUCGAGAAAGCUUAUGACAACGUUAAUUGGGGUUUUAUUUUAAGUGUUAUGCGUCAGAUGGGAUUUCCUCCUCUUUGGUGCAAAUGGGUCUUUGGGAUUCUCUCGUCCGCCAGAGCCGCUGUUCUCGUCAAUGGAGCCCCAACUUUUGAUUUUCAAUGUCAGAAAGGAAUGAGACAAGAUAAGGCGGUCGAGGUUGGUGCUAUAUCUGGGGUCCAGCUUCCCAAUGGUGGUCCGACUCUUUCCCACCUUUUUUACGCGGAUGAUGCCUUAAUUAUUGGGGAGUGGUCUAAGGAGAAUGUUCUCAAUAUGACGGGCCAAAUUCCUUUUGUUUACCUCGGGAUUACGGUUGGUGUGCAUAUGAACCGUAUAGCGAAUUGGAGACCGGUUUUUGAGGUUUUUGAAUCAAGAUUAUCUCUUUGGAAGGCCUCUGUCCUGUCUAUUGGGGGUAGGGUGACUCUUAUUAAGUCUGUUUUGGGGUACAAGGCUCCGGUGGGAGUUUUAAAUAAGUUGGAGUCGAUGAUUAGAAAAUUUCUUUGGGGUGGCUCGGGUGGAGAUAAUAAACUUAAUUGGGUAGUGUGGGAUCGUGUGGCUUCGCCUAUCAAUUGUGGAGGGCUCGGUAUUAGGAAUCUUGAUUCCAUUAAUAGAUCCCUUCUUCUCAAGUGGGCGUGGAGGUAUAAAACAGAAAAGGAUAGCCUUUGGGUGAAGGUCAUUUCGGCGGUUCAUAAUGAUCGAAUGUCUUGGGAUCUCCUCCCGAUUGUUGCUUCUUUGGGUGGGGUUUGGAAAAAUAUUACUAAGGUGGUGGCUUGUCCGAUUGUGGCGGGUGACAAGCUUAGGAAUUUUAUGAGGGGUAAUGUUGGGGAUGGAUUCGGAAUUUGUUUUUGGCUUGACCCUUGGCUGUGUAAUAAUGCGUUGAAAGAUUGCUUCCCUAACCUUUUUAGAUUGGAAAAGGAUAAGAAAUGUUUGGUUCGUGAUAGGAUUGUCCGUCCGAUUCAGAACCCGGAAGCUAGGUGGGAAUGGAAGCAUCCGCCCGAUUCUAAUGUUGAAUUAGCUGAGUGGCUGGAUUUAAAUUUGAAGCUUCGUGAGGUUGGUUUAUCGGAACAAAAAGACAAAUGGUCAUGGUUGGGGGAUGAGUCGGGAGAGUUCAGUGUGGGAUUCGUUAAGCGCUUAUUUGAUAAAGAUAAAGAUUUCAGUUCCAGGUAUGUGUGGGAAUGGCGUAAAUGGGUUUCGUUAAAAUGCAACCUUUUUGCAUGGAGGGCCGAACUAGAUAGACUUCCGACUAAGGUGGAGCUUUGA